AUGGCACUUUUUCUGAGCCUUGUCCUUGUCUUCUUUCUGUUUGGACCGACCAUGGGCAAGCAAAUUCCUUACGAGGACUAUAUGGCCCAGCUCAAGGCCUGCCCCCGCGAGUGUCGCUGCCCACCCAACUUCCCCAAUGCCAUCUACUGUGACAACAAGGGCCUCAAGCAUAUUCCCACCAUUCCUCCACACACGUGGUACCUCUACCUGCAAAACAACCUCAUUGAGAUACUGUCGGAGGAUGCCCUGCGCAAUGCCACACAGUUACGUUGGCUGAACCUCAACCACAAUAAAAUUACCAGUGAGGGCAUAGAAGAAGGUGCCCUGAAAGCAAUGUCUCACCUGGUCCACCUCUAUAUGGAUGACAACCUCCUCACCUCCGUGCCAUCUUCCCUGCCUUCCAGCUUGGAGCAGCUGCAACUCUCUCGCAACCGCAUCUCCAAGAUCCCUGCUGGUGUGUUUGCCGAUCUGGACAGGCUUAACCUCUUGGACCUUCAAGGGAACAAGCUGAUGGAUGAUGCCGUGACUGAGGUGAGCCUGAAGGGUCUAACAAAUCUAGUUCAGAUCAACCUCGCUAAGAAUCAGCUGAGCAGCAUGCCGCUUGGCCUACCAUCCACCACCACCCAGCUAUUCCUGGAUGGCAACAACAUUGAGAAGAUCCCUGGGGAGUACUUUAAGAGUUUGCCCAAGGUUGCAUUUCUCAGACUCAACCGCAACAAGCUCAACAACAAUGGGGUUCCCAAGGAAGUGUUCAACAUCUCCAGCAUUUUGGACCUGCAGCUUUCCCACAACGAGCUGACCGAGGUCCCUGUAAUCCCAUCCAACCUUGAACACCUGCAUCUGGACCACAAUAAGAUCAAGAAUAUCAAUGGCUCCAACAUCUGCCCUGUGUCUGCUGAGGAUUUGGAUGACUUUGUCAACGACAGUGUACCUAGACUGCGCUACCUCCGACUAGAUGGCAAUGAGAUUAAGCCACCAAUUCCCAGGGAUGUCAUUUUGUGUUUCCGUCUCCUCAGGUCCAUUGUUAUCUGA